AUGUCGAGCGAAAAUAAUUCUGUUCUAUGCGAAGAAUGUGGACAAAAAGUCAAUGCAACAAAUUGGUGCAAAUCAUGUAAUGCAAAACGUUUUGAAAUCGAUUUCCCAAAUUGGACGAGUGGAAAUAUUGAAAUAGAUAAAUUUAUUCGUAAAACUCAAAUAACUGCCGAACGUCGCGAGUGUAUAUUUGAAUGGGUUGAUUAUUCUAAAUUUAAGUUCCUUGAAAAAUUUCAACUUUUUAAUAAUCAUAAAGCUUUUUGGGAAGAUGGUCAUUUGCUAGGGUGGGAUAAAGAUUCAGAUAAAUGGAAUCGGCAAGGUGGACAGUGGGUUAAAUUGGUAACUAAUCAAUAUGAUGAAAAGCAUUUAGUUCCUCGGUUUCUUCAAUUGGAACACGAAAUUUCAAAGAAAACCCCAUCCAAACGAAUAGUUUACGGAAUGACGCGCGAUCCUAGAACAAGAGAAUAUGCAGUAAUUGAAAAAUUAUUAAAACAGUGCCACUUUUGUCACCAAGAAUGGGUUUAUCCCCGCUGGUGUCGUCAUUGCAAUUUUAAAUAUUUUAAGUCUGAAUUUCCAAAAUGGACAAGCGGCAACUCAAAGAUUGAUACAUUUAUUCAAGAAUCACAGUUAACCGCCGAAUUACCUGACCAAGUCUUAGAAUGGUUGCCGGAAAAUCAAUUUACAGAACUUAGUCAAAUUGGUAGCGGUGGAUAUGGCACUGUUUAUAAAGCCUACUGGAAAUGUGGUCGUAUUUGCAAAUGGGACUUCACUUCAAAUACAUAUGAACGAGGUGAAUCAAUGUGGGUUGCUUUAAAAGGUGUACAUGAUAAAGAAGAUAUUAAUAUGCUUCUUGGAGAGAUGAAAGCUAUGCUUGAAUUUCGGAAAACUAAUUUGGGUUCUAUAGAUUAUCGUCUUGACAGGCUUUGGAGUCUUGCAAUUGAUAUUCGUAGCCUGCAUCGGUUAGGCCUUGUGCACCGUGACUUACACAGUGGUAAUGUAUUAUUUGGCGAUAACAGGCGUAGCUUUGUUGCCGAUCUUGGGUUAGCUUCCUCUACUUUAGAGAGAUGGUUCCAGUUUCUUUCUGGAGAUAAAUCAAUUGAUGACGAUGAUAACAUAAAAAAUCAAUUUAAAUUAGCCAAAUUGCAAAGACAGAAAAAUCCAUAUUCCAAUGUGUUACAAUCUUUAACUAGCCAACGUCUUCCAAGAGAGAGAUAUAUUUUUAAAAUGAUUUUGUGUAAUUUUGCAAGAACUGUCAAAACAUUACCUACUACUUCAUGUGUUACUCGACACCAUCAUCACAGAGGAGCAUUAUUUGUAAUCUAUUUUUUAUCACCAGUCCUUAAGA